AUGAAGGAUAACUCUAAACCAUCCGGAAAAGGGAUGGACCGUCUGAUCCAGCUCGUUUCAAAACUUCAAGAUGUUUUUUCCACUGUUGACGCCGCCAGUCAAGAAAUGCAACUACCACAGAUUGUUGUGGUUGGGGAUCAAGUAAGUAUUUUUUAUUUUUUAUCAAUUUUUGUAGUAGAAGUGGUGUAAUUUCAUGUAAUAUCGCGGUGUAGCGCCUUAUCGUUGUAGAACAAGGUGAUUCCACAGUUUAUAACUUGCUUUUUUUGGAAAGAUUACGCUCGUUUGGUUUUUUAUACCUAAAAUAAUACCUAUCUUCAGAGUGCUGGAAAGUCGUCUCUUCUGGAGCGAAUUGUGCGCCGUGACUUCUUGCCUCGUGGUACAGGCAUUGUGACGCGUCAGCCAUUGGUAUUGGACCUGAUCAGAACGCCCAUUGGGGACAGAAGAAGGAAACGCCCCGGUAUGUCUACUAUAAUGUAAAUUAUUGCUUUAGGUGCUCCAGCAGAAGGUGACUUUGCCCUCUUUGAGGGUGUAGAGAAGGUUUAUACCGACUUCGAAGAAGUUCGCGAAGGGAUUGAAGAGUUGACCCGAAAAACUUGUGGAUCUAAUAAGGUAUAGGCAAUUUCACAACUAAAUUAUUGUAUUUUAGGGAGUUUCGGACAAACGCAUCCAUCUCAGAAUUUAUUCUGAGCAUGUCGUUGAUUUGAGUCUUGUAGACUUGCCUGGGCUGACCCGUGUAGCCGUCGGUGAUCAGCCGGAAGACAUCCCAGAGCAGAUUCGCGGGAUGAUAGAGACCUUCAUUGCUAACGAAAAUACAAUCAUUUUGGCUGUGACUCCGGCUAACGUCGAUUUGGCCACUUCUGAACCUUUGAAGCUGGCAAAACAAUUUGAUCCGAAGGGUGAGAUUGAUUUUUUGUGAUGGAGAAUAUAGCAGACACCCUUUUUUAUUGGAAAGCACCGCUGUGUUAUCUUUAGGAGACCGCACAAUCGCUGUGUUAACCAAAUUGGACCUGAUGGACAAGGGGACCUCUGCCGAACACGUCCUACUUGGUCAUACGAUUCCAGUGAAGCUGGGAAUUGUCGGGGUGGUCAACAGGUCGCAGCAGGAUCUCAACAACAACAAGUCUCUGGAUGCGAUGGAGGACGAUGAGAUCGCGUUUUUCAAGAAGAAAUACCCCCAUCUGGCCGCGGUAAAUGGAAGCAAUUACCUGGCGCAGCGCCUUAAUGAGAUUUUGAUUGGACAUAUCAAGAGAUGUCUGCCAGCCUUGGUUGUGAGAAUCCACGACAAGACCGCGGAGAAGAAGAGAAAGCUGAUUGAGCUCGGCGAAAGUUUUUCGGAUCCGAACAAUGCUGUUGUGAAGACGGUUACCCAAUUUACCCAGACUUUCAAUGCACUUUCAUUCGAUGGAUGCGCCGUAAUGGACAAAGAGGACAGAAGCCCUGCGGCAAAAAUUUCAUCCAUUUUCCAUGAUGAUUUUCCCGACGAGAUUGAUCAAUUGAAUCCAUUGGAGGGAGUCAGAAGAGAUGACGUCGACGCCUUCUUGAGAAACGCUACGGUAAGAUGAGACUAAAAUUGGUAUUGAAGUGAGAUAUUUGCUAAUGAGUGUCGAAAAACGUGAAAUUUCUGUUUGAGAGGAAAAUAGAAUUUUUUGGUCGUUAAAAUUUUUUUGGUAAGUCGUAAUCAUCUUUCGGAUCUGUGCCAAGUGCAAUAUAAAAUUUACAAAGUACAUGUGUUUCGAGCUUCAUGAUUUUAAGAAAAGAUGUUUUGGGGUCAACAAAUUACUAUGACAAGAAACAUAAAAUAUUGUUUAGUCCAUAUGGUCAUGUUUUAUUUUUCAGGGUCUGAAUCCGCAUGUUUUCAUUCCUCCAACUGCCUUUACCUCUCUACUCAGCAAACAAAUCCUCAGAUUGAUCGAACCCUCCCUGAAUGUAGUCGAUGAAAUCAAAGAAGAACUUAUUGCCACUGUUCGCAGCUGUAAUGUUGGCGUAAGUUAUCAUUAUUGACUUUUAUUAUAGUUUAUUGAAGUUUAUGUGAAAAGGAAUCUAGGUCGAUUUGUUUUUAGGGUAUAUAUGAUCGUUUCCCCAUGCUCCAAACCAGAAUCCAGGUCAUUGUAGAGGACGAACUGGAGCAGCAGGUGGAGGAGACCAAAAGGUUGAUAACAAACUAUAUUGAAUCUGAAGCAGCGUACAUUAGUACGAGACAUCCGACAUUUGAUCAGUUUUAUAAAAAGCUCUACAGGAAGGAGUUUGAGGUCGGUUGUCUAAAAUGUUAUGUAAAUAGUGAUUUUUUUAUGAAUUUAUGACUUGGUGAAUGUGAUUUUUUGUAGAAGAAGAAUGCAGUAGACGCAAAAGAAGAGAAGAAACAUGAGCCAGGUCCGUAUGGGGAUGUGGGGGUCAAUGCUUUUUUUCCAUCUGACGAGGAGAGUGAUGAAGAGUAUGAUGGGGACAAAAGGAAUGUUAGGUUGAUCAGUAAGUAAUUUAUGAUUUUUUGAUUCUUGUUUUAGGAAAAUUGGUCCCCGCCUACUUCGUUACGGUUAAGUGUAACAUCAAAGACGCUAUUCCCAAGCUGAUUGUCAAGAAUAUGGUCAGGUACUUGCAUGAGAAUCUGAUGCCAGUCUUGAUGACAAAAUUAUUGGAAGACGUUGAAGAGCUUUUCAAGGAGGAUCAACGCACUGUCGCUGAAAGAAACCAUUGCCUGAAGUUGUUGGAAGCCCUCAAGAAAGCCGAGAAGUGUAUUAGAGAGAUCGGCCAAGUAUACUAA